AUGGCCGAUCAGCAGCAGCAGCACGCCCCGGGCGGCCACUAUUCUGGCGCCAACCCCGUCCCCACCGUCAGGAAGUUCCUCGAAAACCUGGACAAGGACAAGCAGGAACGUGACAAGGAGCUCGAACAGCGCCCGCCCGGCCAGCAGAAUGCUAUUGCCCACAAUCAAAAUCCCCGUGGUAUCAAAGGAACCCAGAAACAAGUCACCGACCCCACAACCGGCGGCCAGGUCAUUAUCGAGGACGUCCAGAAGGAUGUCAUGAAAGAGGCGGACAAUCCACAGCUCUCGGUGCCAAAUGCGAACUUGGGCAAGGAUACGCCGAUCAAGACGGAUGCCUCUCAGUCCAACCCCGAGUACAAGUACAACCAGGACGUUACUUCACCCCCGGACCCUGUCGAGGAGGGUGCCACGUCCGACGUGCCCAUCCACGGCGAAAAGACAAACAUUCUCUUCCACCCCACUCCUUCCGUCAGCUAUGAGCCAUAUUUCGCGGCUAUGGAGAAGCGCACUUCCGGUUUGUGCGUGGGAAUUCUCGCAGCUAUCAUAAUAGUUGGCAGGAUUUUCGGGGGCCGCAUGCUAGGCCUGGUCCCGCUUGGUUUCUGUGUGGCCUCCGGUGUUUAUCUGUGGAUGAAAGAGGUUAUCCGCAGCGGACGGGAAGUUGAAUGGGAGAGCGAGAAGACUCGCGGCGAGACUGCAUCUGCGAACCUGCUUCCCGAAUCCGUCGAAUGGAUGAAUACCUUCCUCGGAAUUGUCUGGGGUUUGAUCAACCCCGACAUGUUCCAAGGUGUGGCCGACACGCUCGAAGACGUUAUGCAGGCCUCGGUUCCGGGUGUAAUUGAGAAUGUCCGCGUUGCGGAAAUCAACCAGGGGAGCAAUCCUCUCCGGAUCCUGAGCUUGCGCGCGCUGCCCGAUUCGCACAUGUCGGAUAUGAAAAAGGCAAUCCACGAAGAAAACAAGAAGACGAAAGACCCUCAAGAGGCUGCUGCAGAUGAGGAAGGCGGUGACUACUACAACCUAGAGUGUUCCUUCGCCUACCACGCGAAGCCGACUGGUAAGCGUGCGUCGGACAAGGCUCGGAACAUGCACAUGCAGCUAGUCUUCUACUUGGGAGUUAAAGGGCUGUUUGGAGUUCCUCUUCCCAUCUUUGUGGAGCUUCAAGGCCUUGUUGGCACUGUCCGCCUGCGUCUCAACUUGACCCCGGAGCCUCCUUUCUUGAAGACUCUCACUUUCACCCUGAUGGGGACCCCCCAGGUUCAAGCCGGCUGCAUUCCAAUGGUCGAGAAAGGUAUCAAUAUCCUGAACCUUCCCUUGAUCUCCAAUUUCGUCAACUACGCUAUUAGUGCGGCUGCCAGUAUGUAUGUCGCACCGAAGUCCAUGUCCCUUGAUAUGCGCGCCAUUCUCCAAGGCGACGAUAUCCAGAAAGAUGUUCAAGCUCUUGGGGUUAUGUGGAUCCGCAUCCACCGUGCUGUUGGUCUCAGCAAGCAGGACAAGCGUGGCAGCAAGCACGGCGGCAGCGAUCCUUACAUCACCCUUUCUUUUUCCAAGUACGGCAAGCCCAUGUACUGCACCCGAGUCAUUACGGAUGAUUUGAACCCUGUCUGGGAAGAGACUACCGCUCUUCUUGUAACUCCGGAGCUAAUCAAGGCUGAUGAAAACCUGAGUGUGGAACUUUGGGACUCUGACCGCCACAGCGCCGAUGACAUUGUCGGCAAGGUCGAGCUUUCCAUGCAAAAGAUGAUCCAACAUCCCGGAAAGAUGUACCCGCAGGUCAGCAAGCUGGCUGGAAUGGACGCCGACAGCACAAUGCCCGGAGAGCUUCACUGGGAGGUUGGCUACUUUAGCAAACCUAAGUUCAGGCCUGAGCUCCGUACUGAUGGCAAGAACAAUGCUCUUGCCGACGGACUCAAGGACAAGCCAGAAUUACAGGAUGAGAAGGGCGUCACCAAUACUGAGGAUGAUGAUGCAGUUCAGCACACUCCUCCCGAUCCUCUCUGGCCCAGCGGCAUUUGCAGUGUUGUAGUCCACCAGAUUGUGAACCUGGAACUUGAGAACAUCAAGGGAACACAGGGCAGCCGCAGUGGCAGAGAGUUCGAGCCGGCCAAGCCAUAUGGAGAAACCACGGACCAAGAAGGAAAGGACCUGCCCACCAGCUACUGCACAAUUCUUUACAACGAUGAGUUGGUGUAUCGCACACGUGCAAAGGCCGUCACCUCUCAGCCCAUCUUCAACGCUGGUACCGAGCGUUUCAUGCGCGACUGGAGAUCCGGAAUUGUUACCAUUACCGUUCGCGAUUCACGCAAUCGGGAGCACGAUCCGAUCCUGGGUGUCAUACCUCUCAAACUUUCUGAUAUCUUGGAUACCAGCUCUCAAGUCACACGCUGGUACCCGCUGGACGGCGGCAUCGGGUUUGGGCGCGUUCGAAUCUCUUUGCUCUGGCGCAGUAUCGAGACCCGCCUCCCUCCCAAUCUCCUUGGCUGGGAUGUGGGCACCUUCGAGUUCUCGUCCGAACGCAUCCUGGCAAUCAACUACAACCACCAUUCCAAGCUUCGCCUGCGUACCGGUGGAUCCACUGCGAAGAUUCCCCGUACGGAGGCCCGUCAGCUGGAGGAGGGCGACGGUAUGUACUGGGACUUGGCUAAGAAGGAUGGCAAGAACAGUGUCUCUCUGCCCGUAAAGUACCGCUACCGCUCUCCGAUCGUCUUUGAGUUCCACGUUAGCGGCAAGCGCAAAGCCGACGCCCACGCCGUCAUCUGGCUGCAGCAUUUCAUCGAUAACGAGGACACACCUAUCAACGUUCCCAUCUGGAAAUGCGCCCACCCCGCCCGCCUUACCCAGAAUUACAUCACAGAGGACAACUGCAAGGGCGAAGUUGGUCUCGAGGACCUCGAGGAAGUCGGUCGCCUGCAGUUCACUGGCCGGUUCAAGCCUGGUACUGACGAGAGCCAUGAGUCCUUCAUCAUGGACAACGACUCGCGCGAGACGUAUGAGACGUGGGAGGCGUGCAUGUGCGAGGGCGUGCGCCAGCGCAGCGUCGACAAGGAGCUGCCGGACCGCAUCAAGCAGCUGCACGACAAGUCGCUUACGCAGGGGCGCGACGUCCUCAAGGAGGAACCCGAGGAGGAGAAGACCAAAUGGCUCACCAGGGACGGCACUGACUGGUCCGGCGCUUUCGGCGAGGAUCCCAAGGCGUACAUGGAUGCCGCCGGCCGCAAGCGUCGCGAGCCUGGCCGCGACCAGCCCAUGCACGACCCGAACCAUCCCAGCUCGGACGAGGACCACGAGAGCGAUUACGUGCAAGACGAUGACGACUCGGAUCCGGAUGAUCUGGGAAUCCAGGACGCCGAACACAUGAACGACGACGCAAACCGCAGUGCUGGCAGGAACGCGCUCAACGGCGGCCGCAAGUCGAGUGGAGGCGAGACGGCCAACACGUCUUCCACCUCUUACACGCAGGACAGCAGCACGAACACGAGCGGCAGCAGCGGCAGCGGCGGCAGCAGCAAGGAUAUCAACAGGCAGAACAAGCGCACCGAGGCCCGCAAGCAGCGCGGCAUGAUGCAGUGGAAGCCUGCUCGCAACGUCAAGUUUGCGAAGGACGAGGGCGUCAUCGGCAUCAGGCGGCUGAAGAACAAGAUUACCGGCAAAAUGGAGGGAAGGAAGCCUGGCGUGGAGACGGAGACUGGAACCUGA